CGCGACCGCCGUCAGUUCCCAGCACUCGACAAGCAAAAUUGGUAUCUUGUAUUGGUCAAACAGACAAAACGAAGGCCCUUUUGUUGCCGUUUAUCGCAAUGAUUUAGGGCUGUAUUGCAGUGUUUUAAGCUAAGCGUAAAGUUUCCCCUUGUCAUCGCUGGACAUGGAUAUCCUGGACAUCGAUGAGGCUCUCAAGGAUGAUUCAUAUAUAUUUCAAGCGGACAAGACCCACGACGAUGUGUCCAACAUACUGCAGCAGUGGAAGACGAACAACCAGCCGCAGCUGCAGAUGCAGAUGCACUUGCAGUGCAACAACGAAGCCUACAAACACAACACGAAGACCUUCACUCGACCCAAGCGUCGCAACCUCGAUUUCCAGACCCACAAUGGAGCGGGAAAUGAUAGCGGAGUGGGUACACCGGCGAUGCUCCAACUGGAAAUCGGUGGCCUCGUCACCACGAACAUGCACAAAUCCUUCCUGCAGGACACCUCGCCGCCGUCUUCCAUCUGCUCGUCCAUGAACACGGAGCGGAUGAACAACUCUCUGAUCACCUCGGCAGACUUUACCAACUUGAACUUCCUCCAGUCGACCAUCAGCCUGGAACAGGAGCCCAGCCUCACCACCACACUCACCAACCAGACAACCGAUAACAUGGUAGCGGGCAUGGGCGUGGGCGGUGGACUGGCUGGCUACACUCUCAGUGAUAUGAUCCGGGAUAGGAAGGCGCUGGAGUCGCUGACGCUGUGCGAGGAGGACGGGACGUUGACCAAGGACUCGCACAUUGGUCAAAUCGAUGAGAUAUCUCUGACACUGAGCAAGACCGCCUCGGGAUGCAGCACCAUGGACAACAGCACGGACAGCAUGUCGAACCCCCUGGCUCCGGAGAGGCCGAUGCCCGCCGCUUUUCCAAUUCUGCAGCGUACAAUGAUCCUUGGCGAGGAGUUGAUCGGCGACACCACCUUCAAUUUAGUUGACAGCCUGACCACAUCGGUCCUGCAUUCGGACGCCGAAUCGAUUCCCAUGGAUGGAAAUGCCACCUUCAAGCGGCCAUCAGCGAGUUCUGCAGCUCCGCCAGCGGCGGAUGAGACUCUGCUGCUGGCUGGACGUCAGAUGAACACAACCUACACCGAGGGAUGCAACACACCGGAAGCUCGCUGUGAAACGCCCGAAAACAUCGACCGGAAACUGGCAUUGCUCACCAUGGAAUCCACGCCACUGACCACCAACAUUCGACCCCAUUACUAUCACAACAACAACAACAAGCAAGGAUAUACGCCCACGCUAAAGGGUCGUGGUGACAUGAACCUAUCCCCGAUAGUCAGUGUCACGCCGCAGAAGCCAGCUGGAGCUCCGGGACGACUCAAUAACACCUUUGAGCCAGCAACGAAAGCAGCUCCGUUCGACGGCGAAAAGUUCGUGCUGGACACAAUGGAGCUGCUGGAGCAGAUCGAACAGCCACUGGAUGGCACCUACAGCCUGCAAAUGUCCGAGCAACAUAAGCAGAUGCAGUGCGUCAUGGAUCUGGCCGAGGCCGAGGUGGAGUUGCUAGCCCAGCAAGGCGACGAGGAGCAGUUCGAGCACAUGCUGGCCGAACUGGGCAAGGUCAACACUCUAAACGAGGACCAGCUAAAGAUGCAAAAAUCUCUGGACACGAUAAAGCGACGCUUCCAUCGCGACGAACCCGAAGCGGAGCCAGAGCGGGAGGAGGAGGAACAGCAGCUACCCACUCCAGUCGACAAGGUGGAGACUCCGACCCUCAAUCAAAGUCACUCGAGCAGCAAUAACAGCAGCAGUGGCACAGGGGAGCGACUGCUAAGCCGACGAAGUCGCCUCUACGACGAUGUCAACCUGAGCGUCAUGCACGGCAGCAACGGCAGCUCUGCCAGCUGUAAUUCCGCGUCCUUCAUUGUCCAGCGACGAGAUGCACCCCAGGAGGAGCAGCCGGCACCGGAACCAGAGCCCGAACCCGCGGAGGACCAACGCCGCUCGCAGGUGGCAGCAGCAGAGACGGAUCCGUCCAGCUAUAAGCUGGCGGAGCGCCGGGAGAGAGAUCGGGAACGCUUCAAGACCAUCAAGAUUUCCAGGGAUAUGCGCCUGCAGCAGGAGAUUAUAGUGCCUUGUAUAGACGAUGAGCCGCAGCAGCUGGAAGAGCCACCGCAGCAAGCGGUUGAGGACGAGGAGCAGUUCCAGGAUGCGGAGCUGCAGUCACAGCGACAGGCUUCCCCACCAAGUCGCUUGUCUCGCCGGGAUCAGAACUUUGCCUCCAACAACAACAACAAUUACAAGGCCGAAGGUAGCGCCAGCAACUACUUGACCUACAAGAAGCCCAAGGAGAAGAGCCUACUGCAGCGCCAAAUGAAUGCCCAUCCCUCGGCGGAGUCCACUCUUCCACAACCUCGCUCCCUGUCCCGACCGCGCUACAUUAGCGGCCUGCAGAAGUUCACCACGGUGAGCAAGGCCACUUCGGCCGGAGCAGGUCUGAACUCCACAACCGCCGCGGUGCCCGUCGCAGUUCCAGUUCCUUCCAGCACCGAAUUGAAGAGUCCCAUGGGCAUCAAGUCCAAAUCUUUCCACAACUUGUCCUCCACGAUGAGCGGCAUCGCCGGGGCAGGGGCUUUACCUCGACCCAGUUUGGGAGGUGGACUGAGAAGACCUGGAGGGCAGCCCAGCAAGUUGACCAGCGGACUUCGAGUGGCAUCACAGAGUCAAGAGGAUGACUCGGCUGUUUUUAAAGUCCCCAAAUUGGUCAGUGGUCUGCGGGGACCCGGCCUGGCUGGGGCAAAGCGUGCAGGUGGCAAUGGACUCGCUCGUCCGUCUUCGGGUUACUACAGCUUGAGUACUAAGACUGCCGCAGAGGCGGAUACCCCAGAGAGUCUUUCGUCGGCCUCUUCCCGUGGCAGUCUCUAUGGUCACAAGGACAGCGGCAGGACGGCAAACGGCGGAAAUGUUCCUCAGCAACAUCCAUCACAACCCUUUGACACACAGGCGCUAACCUCGAAACUGACCCAGGUCACAACGGGAGCCACCGGCAUUCCGAAACCAUCCGGGCUGCGACCCCCAUCGCAAAUGAAGCGCAGCGGCCUGCCCCGUCCAUCCAGCAUUGUCAGACGUUGAGAGCUGCUUCCGAUUGCAUCUUGAUAUCACAGCCCCCCCCUCCCCGCCUGAUUUAAGAUUUCAUGUUAUCCGUAAAUUAGACUGUUACCCUGCCUUUGUAUUCUGAGUUCAGAUCGCUCUCUUAUGUGUUUUGGCCACCUUCCGACCGCAAUCCCCACCCCCACUCCCGGACUUCAUUCAAGCUCAACUUGCCUAGUGAUUUCGAGACACUAGCAUUUAUGUUAAUGGAUUAUAUUUACGAAAAUUGUGCAUUUAGUUGAACAGGACAAACAGAAACAGAGAACUUGGUGACUUGUAAAAGAAACGAACACACUCAUAAUACAACCCAUACAUAUACGACAAAUACACACACUCAUACACGAACUUUGCCUUACGAAUCUUUAUAAAAAAAAUAAAUAAUAAUAAUAAUGCGAUUUGAGGAAAGAGACUAGGUAGACGAUGAUAUAAGAAUUGAUGAUGAUAAUUGAUAGUAGCUGUAUAUUUUUGUAAAAGCAAUGCAAAAAUUCUACGAAUGUUAUUUGUUGUGCAUAUGUGGAGUGCUGCAGCAAAGCGAGACAAGCAAGCGAAUCGAAUAAAAACUAUAAUUAACAUUUUACAAUAAGCUCUGCUCAGUGGUUUAAAAGACCAUUAAAACGGAAACCCCAUAAACAAAAUAAAUAACAAAAACCAGGAAAACCAAACUACAGUUGAUGUGAACAACUGACAAAAGUAUUGAUAGAAACGUUGAAAAAUCGAACUUACAUUAUUAUCUAAUAUUAUCGCAUAUAUAUAUAUAUAUAUACAACUACGGAAUCUAAAUGAUAGCAAUAUAUACAAUGUCUCAUCUGAUAUUUAUCCUGUCGAUAGGUCUUCUGCCUGUUGAUACUUUUCUUUCAAGCUUCAAAUUAUAUUUUUUAGAGGUACUACACUUCCAACAUAAAUCCUUCGGCUCUAAUCGUGUGCUAUAAUUACUUUUGUUUACCAAUCAGAAAUUUUCAAUUUAAAUUUUAGACUUUAGUUGCCAAAUUAAAAUUGAUACAUUUUAUUAGUUACAUACCGAUUAUUUAAUAAUAAAACCGCUGCGAAAUGCAAAAAGUAUAAACCUCGUCUGAGAAUCAACUGAAGCUAUUACUUCAUCACAUGCAUAUCCUUAGUUAAGUUUAGACCACAUUGUUUAACCCUAGGAUUAGCCUAAGCUGUAGUUUAAUCUGUGGCCUCCUUAGUAUCAUCACGACUAAUAAUCAUAUGCCUAACCCCAAGCCAUGCCUGUACUUUGUAUGCCUAGCCCUAACACCCAUUAAGCUUUAAUCCCGAUUAGGUGAUCAUUUGCUUGGAUCGAAUUUAGUUAGUCCCUAAGAUUAGUAUGGAUUAUUUUUGCUAACGCUUUCCUACAAACCUUAUAUCGCAGCGGAUCUAGUUCUCGGAUGUUUUCCCCGUUCUGGAACUCUAUCCCCCAGUCUAGUUAAGAAUGAAACCGUUCCAGCAAGUCUUUUUUGACCAAGCCAGACUUUCAAAUAAAAAUCAACAAAUUUGUGCUACAA